AUGAAGGAAUCCUUCAAUACCAGCCAAACCACUCCUCCAAAUCCACCACUAAACACCAUUCAUGUGCAACCAAACACCAAUUCUCCAGGAGCUGUUCCUCACAACCCAAUGCAACCAACCAGUCCUUAUUAUAUUGGCAGCAGCAAUGGUUCAAUUGCCAUGCUUGUCACACACACCUUGGACUGCAGUAACUACUAUUCUUGGGCUAGAUCCAUGAAGAGGACUUUGCGAAUUAAGAACAAGCUCAGAUUCAUUGAUGGUAUCAUCUGUGAACCUUCUGACCCCAAUGAUCCUCUAAUGAAACAUUGGCCGAGGUGCAAUGAUAUCGUGAUAACAUGGAUGCAGAACACAAUGACAGUUGAUAUCAAAUCUAGCACUACAUAUGCAGAGACUGCGCAUCAGCUUUGGUUGGAGCUGGAGCAACGUUUUGCUCAGCAAAAUGCUCCGAGAAAUUUUUAG